GCCGCCGCCGGGCACAGCAGGCAGGUAAGCGCGGCGCCGCGGCCGCCCCGAUGGAGCGGGUGAGCGAGGCGGCCGCCGCCGCCGCCGCCGCCAGCAACAACCCGUGCGGCGCGACCCCGCCGAGCUGCUACACCUACCAGGUGAGCCGGCACAGCGCCGACCUGCUGCACAGCCUGAACCAACAGCGCAAGAACGGCGGGCGCUUCUGCGACGUGCUGCUGCGCGUGGGCGACGAGAGCUUCCCGGCGCAUCGGGCCGUGCUGGCCGCCUGCAGCGAGUACUUCGAGUCGGUCUUCAGCGCGCAGGGGCUGGGCGGCGAGGGCGGCGGGGCCCCUGCCUGGAGGCCACUGGCGUCUUGGAAGCCUGUGCAGUUCGUGUUCACUCGUGGCAUGAUGGCCUCCUGGUUCUUCAGGAGAUUGGCGGGUGGGCAGGGACCGUAUAAAUGUGGUGCCUCCACACCUCUGGAGAUACCUUGGCGAGAGAGUGGCGGUUGGACUGUGUGUCCAAGCUUGCAGAUGGAGUCAUGCUUGUGCUUGUUUUUCUUUUCAAGGCCUGACCACCUGAAUGGGCAUAUCAAGCAGGUGCACACAUCAGAGAGACCUCACAAAUGCCAGACCUGCAAUGCUUCCUUUGCCACCCGGGACCGGCUGCGCUCCCACCUGGCUUGCCACGAAGACAAAGUUCCGUGCCAAGUCUGCGGGAAGUACCUGCGGGCCGCGUACAUGGCGGAUCAUUUGAAGAAACACAGUGAAGGACCAAGCAACUUCUGCACCAUCUGCAACAGAGGUCUCCAGGCACCCGGAGCCCAUUCCGAAUGGGGGAGCGGCGUUCCACAGCGUCAGGACCUAUGGCAUCAAAGGCAAGCGACCCCUCCCCCGAUCUCGGCGUAGGACUCUGGUGGGGGCGGCGGCAAAUGGGCGGCCAGGGGCCCGUCCCGUGGCCGAGGACAGGACCGAGCGAAGGACUUAGGGAGCAAGGGAUGGCUGUGCCCAGGCCGUCCAGGGCACCCACCGGCUCUGGGAAGGGAGGCCCCCGCUGGGAUUCUGCUGUCUCGGGAGGGGGUAGUGGGGGGGGGACGGUUCCUGCCCUCCCUGUCAUGCUGAAGAGACACAGAUCAGCUCUUCCCUCUUCCACCCAGGGCAUCCCUGGCCCCUCUAGCAUUGUGCUCCAUUGUGUUCAGUGUUCGUUGCAUGGGAGAGCAAUUUUGAAGCAUGUGUUCCGGUGAGGUCCUCCUGACCCUCAAACGAGCGUUUUCCUCACCAUUUUCCCGGCAAGGGUGUCCACUCCCCACCACUCCCGCCCCUAUCCCAGACUGGCGGCCCAGGACCUCCUGGAGAAAGUGCAUUUUCUGCAUAGGUCCCCUGGAGCCUCCACGGCCUCCGGCUGACCUCUUGGUGUCCACAUCAGUGCUGCAGCCAAGGAAGCUCUGGCUGCCUCCUGGAUGGGGGGAGAGGGGCUCGAUUCUCC